UUCCCAAUGCAGCUGCUCCUGCUGCUGCUCUUGCUGUGGGUACAUCACUGGACACUGAGAGCCAAGCCUCCUGCUGCAGCAUACUGCAAGGAUGAUAAUACAAUAUGGAAGUGUUGGGGAUGGUGCUGGUACAGGAGGGUCUCUGUGUCCUGGUGCCCUGCACAUUCACCGGUCCUAACACCUAUUCUGUUCAAGUUUAUGGCUCCUGGUUCCACACAGGGGCUGAUACAAGUCAAGACUCCGCAGUGGCCACAAACAACCCAGAACAGCAAGUGCUGAAGGAGACCCGGGGCCGAUUCCACCUCAUAGGGAACAUGCAGAGCAACAACUGUUCCCUGGAUAUCAGAGAUGCCCAAAGGGGUGAUAACGGUUCCUACUUCUUCAUGGGAAAGCAGCAAGGAAAGUCACAGAGGAGUUCCUGUGGGAAGCCAGUGUCUGUGCAUGUGACAGCCCUCACAUACAAUCCCCACAUCCUCCACUGGAGCCUGGAGCCUGGCUGUCCCAGAACCCUGACCUGCUCUGUGCCCUGGGCCUGUGAGAGGGGGACACCUCCUAUCUUCUCCUGGAUGUCAGCUGCUCUCACCUCCCUGGGCCCAAGGACCACUCUCUCCUCAGUGCUGACCCUCACACCCAGGCCUCAGGACCAUGGCACCAACCUCACCUGUCAGGUUACCUUUCCUGGAGCUGGUGUGACUGUGGAAAGGACCAUCCAGCUCAAUGUCACCUAUAACAGCUCACCUAAGUCUCCUUCAGCAGGGAACCCAGGAAGAAAAUCAGCUUCAGGAGUGAUUCUGGGAGCCAUCGGGGAUGCUGGUGUCACAGCUCUGCUCUCCAUCUCCAUCUGCCUCAUCUUCUUCAUAGUAAAGGCACACAGAAAGAAAGCAGCCAGGACUGCAGUGAGCAUGAGCCACAUGCGCCCCACUGUUGAGUCACUUUCCCAGUGUCAACAGCAAGACUCAAAGGUUCACAGCCAUGCCGAGGACCCCACCUUGGGGACAGAGCAAGAAGUACACUAUGCGUCCCUCAGCAUAGUACAAGUUCACAGGUCAGUGCCUCGGAAGGAAACCUCUCUACUAUGUAGAGAUAGGGACCCAUUGAGGAACCAUCAAGAACAUCAACUCUUAGCCAGAAUACUGUGUCCUCUGUGGCUGAUUUUCAGAGAUUUUCCAUCAUACACAUCUGAGGUUUCUGCUGAAGCAAAGUCUCUCUUAAUUCCCUUGUGAAUAUAUUUGUCUCAAGACCAGUGAACUGAGCAUUGAAUACUGCCUCUCACAUGCCCAAGUCUAUAAAGAAUGCUCCUAUCACUGAGGAAAGCCAGGACAGGAACUCAAGCAAUAAGUUGAAUC